AUGCCGCAUAAAGCUGUUGCUCCUCCAUCCGGAAUAAGUAGUAACUUGACAGUCACCGAAACCCUGGACAGAAUCAGUCAGUUGCCAGACCUACUGCUGGUUGAAAUUCUCUCUCUUUUGCCGACAAAGGAUGCAUUCACAACCUGUAUUCUCUCUAAAAGGUGGCGCUAUCUCUGGACUUCAAUUCAUAACUUCAGUUUUACUUGUAGAAAUUACAGAGAAAAUUUCGCACCCUUUGUUGAUUAUGUAUUAGCUCAUUCCGUUUCUUCCAAAAUAAAAAAAUUCGAACUCGACUACAGUCAAGAGUUUAAAUACUACUCCCAACUCAGCCAAUGGCUUAUUUUUGCUGUUAAAAGAAAAGCAGAAGAUGCUGUACUCUGGUCGUCACCUUUUAUAAAAACUUGCGCAUUGCCUGAAUCUUUCUACACCUGUUCAACAUUGAUAACAUUAGCUUUGGGUCGUUUUAACUUUGAUAAUGUGGUCAUAGCGUGGAAGUCUCUAAAGAGCAUAAAGUUGGGGAAUUUGUUUUUAGACAAUGACAUAAUUGCGAAAUUACUGUCAGGCUGUCCUGCAUUGGAAACUAUGGAAUUAUAUGAUUUAGUUCUGCUUAAGGGUCCUCGUCGCCUGGAAAUUAAGUCUUCAAAUUUAAAGAGACUGAAGCUGAAUGGUCAUUGGUUGAUUAAUGAUGGAAGUUUUCGUUCCUUGGAAAUUUUUGCCCCGUACAUUCAGCAUUUGAAAAUUUCAGGAGAUUUUUAUGAUCUCAAGUGUGUGCUUGUAGACGUGUCCGCCGUGAUUACUUCUAACCUUACUUUCAACAUUACGUGUAUAAAAGACAUCCAGGAUGGCGGUCAAGAAUUUGAUCCUGAGGAAGACAGUUGCCGUGACUAUCAUCAAUUCUUUAGGACCCUAGUCCACCAUUAUAUUCUGUGUUUCUGUUUUGCAAGCGAGUUACCAAUCGGUACUUGGUUCACAGAGGUUUGUUUCUAUCUCAGAGUCCUUUUCUUUGUUUGUUUUUAGCAGACAGUUGCUGGAUGUAUACAUUAGUUGAGAACCUUUGUACAAAUUUCACGGACCCAACUGGAUUAGUUGCAGAAACUUGUGGCCUUUUUGUGCUUUUUUGUCAACUUUCUCAUGUCAGGUGUUUCUUUUGUCAUACCUUAAAAAGAUAUACCAAAAACGAGGAUUCCUGCGCGUUGAUGUUGCUUAAAGUGUUUAGAUGAUUAGAUUUGUCACAUAACUUAUCUUGUCGUGGAGUACUUUCUAAUUGUUAUUGCU